GCAACUUGCCGGCCAAGACGUCAGAGCUAUCAUUUUUCGAUGUCCCGAUCUUUGUUGAAUUUACAUACCGUACAUACAGGUCCCUGGGCACCGUGACGGAAAACACGUGCAGAUUGACUUCAUGACAACGUGAGCUCUGAGAUCAAUUGGAACCGCAACCAGAAAGGGGAGGCAAGUCCCCAGGUGACUCCAGAGCCAUGCGGCUUACCCCCGCGCUUCGGCCGUCCAGUGUCUCGCGUGUCUUGCGUCCGCGUCGCGCCUGCCACCGAUAUGUCUCCCAGCAAGUGAACCGCUCUGUCGCCCAGCUUCUCGCAUGGAAGCCCGCUAAGAAGGUCGACGAUGUUGUCGUCAACGGCUUCGUCCGGUCUGUCCGGUCCAUGAAAGCGAAUCACUUCGUCUCCCUAGGCGAUGGUUCAUCGCUGGCUCCGAUACAGGCCCUCAUCCGGGCCGAGAACGCCGAAGGCUUGGCCGUUGGCGCUGCCGUCCGCCUCACCGGCUCUUGGGUGUCUUCAAGCGGAGCUGGCCAAAGCCAUGAGCUGCAUGUAAGCAAAGUCGAGGUCUUGGGCCCGUCCGACGCAAAGACAUUCCCCAUCCAAAAGAAAUAUCAGACACCUGAGUAUCUCCGUACCUUGCCGCACUUGCGGCCGAGAACUCCGAUCAACGGCGUCUUGCUGAGACUACGCUCUGAAGUCAUCGCGUCUUUGACUCAGUUCUUUGCAGGCCGAUCCUUCACUCAGACGCAUCCGCCCAUCAUUACGUCCUCCGACUGUGAAGGCGCCGGCGAGGUUUUUACCGUGACUCCGGCCAACUCCACACCGGACUGCGCCGACAAAGGCGGCCCCCAAGAGUUGUUUUUCCGUUCCAAGAAGUACCUGACUGUCUCGACCCAGCUCCACCUCGAGGCACUGGCCCAAGCGGUCGGCAACGUCUGGACGCUCUCACCCGUCUUCCGCGCUGAGAGGAGCGACACCUCGCGGCAUCUGAGCGAGUUCUACAUGCUCGAGGCCGAGAUGAGCUUUGUAGACGAUCUCGAUCCCGUCAUGAACCUAGCCGAGGAUAUGCUACGCUCUUUGAGCACCAGCCUCGCGGGGUCGGCCACGUACGAGGAACUUCUGUUCCGAUCGCGGUAUAGCGGUCACGAUCUGUCGCCUUCUGAGGAGGUCGAGUCUCGCUGGGCGGGCCUGAUGGAGCGCGACUGGCCGCGGAUUACUUACACUGACGCCGUCGCACUGUUACAGCGAAGGACUGACCUUUUUACGCACAAGCCAACCUGGGGUGCUGGCCUGCAAUCUGAGCACGAGAAGUAUCUUACUCAUCACGUCGGAAACGGUCGCACGCCUGUCUUCGUCACCAACUACCCCAGAGACAUCAAGGCUUUCUACAUGCGCGAAACCCAGACACAAGUUGCUCAAGCACCUGGCGCGACUGUCGAUUGCUUCGACUUGCUAGUGCCAGAGUACUGCGAGAUCGCUGGUGGGUCAAUGCGCGAGCACCGUCUCGGCCCACUAAUGGAUGCCAUGAAGCGUCAAGGACUCAUCAAACCACCAGCAGCGGGCGCCCCGGACGAGGCCACUGGAGGCAGUCUUGACUGGUAUGUCGACCUUCGUCGCUGGGGCUGCCCGCCGCAUGGAGGAUUCGGUAUCGGCUUCGACCGACUGCUCAGUUACCUGGCUGGUGUUCAAACCGUCCGAGACAUAGUUUCAUUCCCACGCUGGUAUGGACGUUGCGACUGUUAAAUAAACUGCUUCACUAUUCGCAACAUCUCGAACUAUGCCAGUGGCGUCCCGUUGCUACAUUCAGCGCGAUGUUCCACUGAACUUUGCGGACGAUGGACUAGAUCAGGUACCUCUGUGAUACUGCAACUACAACGUGCCCUCCGCACGGCGGUCUGGUAGAACGUCGCUUUAUUUCCCUCAUCAACGG